AUGAAGCCGUCACUUGGGAACUCUUCACUGCAAUCUACACAUUGGAUUUGGAAAGUUGAUCCGGCAGUACUUCAUAGAAUUGAUUUUCUUGCAUAUCGUCUAGGCCUUUACCACCCGCCUUCUUCUAAUAUACGUACUUCUAAUGUUUCAAUAAAGACAAAGUCUAAAGGGAAUCGCUUGGAUGCUUUAGCUAAACGAUCUCAUCCUCUUACUACUACUACUACUACUACUACUACUACUAUUACUACUACUACGGCUUCUAUUCACAAACAACAACAAGAGGUGCUGCGUGAAAAGGUUUGGUCAUUUUCAUCCCUUGAUGUGAUGAAACGAAUGAUGCAGAAAUGGAAAAAACGUCAAUAUACACUAGAUAAACGUGAAGAAGAAAUCAUUAAAAAAGAAGAAGAAGCCUAUAAUGCCCUCAUGUGCCAUCCCGAUUCUUUAUUUGCAGAUGAAACUGCCGUACUAUUUCGUUUUGGUAUGGGUGCCUUUGUUUCACCAGAUGCUCCUGGAUUCUCAGGUCUCUUUCGUCAACGCUGGAGUGAUUUCUACGUUACUGAAAUGAUGACGGAUGAAACUGGUAGAGGAGUAAUGCUUUCACGGGAACCAGACUGGACUAUACCGUCCUUACCAGACUCUCUGCUUAAGCAUAAUCCAACAGAAAAGGAUGAGGAUAGUUAUAAUAGUAAUAGUAAUAGUAGUAAUAGUUCUCCGGAUACUCCACUUCAAUCAUUUUUUACAGUAAAUGUACAGGAGCGUCUAGUUGAACUUAUGGAGGAAGAACAUAAUGAAAAAAAGGAAAUAGUAGAUAUUGUUAAAUCAGAGAAUAACACAACUAUGGAUAAGUCUAAUAAUAAUAAUAAUGAUAAUAAUAAUAGUGAACUCAUCUGUAGUAAGGAACAUUUCUAUCUUCAAUGUUAUCUUCACAAACAACACAUUGCCCAUAGUGUGGCUCUCUCUGUUAUUGCACAGACACUUCGCAUGCAUCCCACUGGAAUUUCCGUUGCUGGAAUAAAAGAUUAUAUUGGUGAUACGAUUCAAAGAGUACGACUUAAGAAUAUUUCCCCUGCCGCUGCUCUUCAAGCAAAUCGUAUUUUUCGUCAUAAAAAAUGGAAAAUGACAUUAUCUGAUUUCUCCUAUCAAACAGAACCAUUACUUCCAGGACGUUUAUUUGGAAAUCAUUUUAAAAUUAUAUUACGAGAUGUAAUAGCUCCACGGGAAGAUAUUGAAAAGUCUUUAGAGGCCUUUCGUAAACAUGGUUUCCCAAAUUAUUAUGGUUGUCAACGAUUCUCCUGGUUUGGUGGAAAAAAUGAUGCGGCUUUCGCUUUAUUACAUCAUAAUUGGUUAGUGUUUGCUUUUCGUUUUCUUGGAUAUACAAAUAAACCAUUCACACUGCGGGAAUUACUACAACGUGAGAAGAAAUAUCCAACACCAUUACAGGAUGAAUAUAGACGAAAUAUCGUUCGUCGUCUCAGACGUAUGGCUAUUGAACCUGGUGAAUUAGAUGUAAUGCCUUUUCUUUCUUGUCCAUCCUUAGGAAUCCCAUUAUGUUCAGAAGGGGGUGGACCAAUAAGUAAAAAACAGGAAUUAAUUAUUUUACAACUUCAAGGAGCAUUUAUGGAUUUAGAUAAAACAAGUCGUCGGUUAACAGCACAAAGAUUAAGUAGUUACUUAUGGAAUCAAGUAUUAACACUCCGUCUUCAUCAUUUUGGAUUACAAGUAUUAGAAGGAGAUUUUGUUUUACCAGAGGUAUUAAGGCAUGUGGCUACAUCAUCUGAUGAUCUUAAAGAUUGGUAUCGUGGAGGUAUUAAAAUUAUUACAAAUAAUAAUAAUAAUAAUAAUAAUAAUAAUAAUAAUAAUAAUAAUAAAGAAAACUAUUCUAUUACAGAUGUGGUACAUCCUGGAUUUUCUUUUAAUGGCAUUCAACGUCCAAUGAAUACAGUAGGAGAGUAUUAUCUUCAAAUUUGUGAUAAAUAUCACCUAGACUGGUAUGGACAACACACACAAACUGGAAUUCGUGAUUUCCUUGAACCACCUCGACCUAUUGUACGGAAACCUAUGAAUUUACGAUAUGAAUAUAAUCAAGUGGAUUCAAAAUUAACAUUAGAAUUCGCUCUUGAACGUGGAAGUUACGCUAAUGUUGCUAUUACAGAAUUAAUGAAACAACUUCGCUGUGCCGGUGCAGAUGAUAUUCUUCUUCUCCCAGCCCCAGAGGCAUUAUGGGAUCUUGGCAAUCGUGAUCCCGGCUAUGUAACCUCUAUGCAGGAUAUUUAUAGUGGCUUUAAAGAUGGUAUUGGGUUUAUAGCAGAUGAACAUGAAAUUCCUCUUGUAGGAGAAGAAAAACUAUCCGAUAGUUAUGCAUAUGAACAGCAUCCCUAUCAUAAUAAACCACUUUUCUUACCAGAAAGUGCAGAUCCUGUUCGAAAAGCCUAUCGCUGGGGUGAACGACAUCUCCUGCGAAAUAUGGCAAGACGUGAACGGGAUGAAGAGGCACUUAAACAACGACUCUUUGAAAAGCCAUUGGCAAAAACACUGAAAGAUGGUGAAGUUAAUCAAUACGCUGGACACACAGUACCCAUGUCUCCAAACUGUAGGGCGAAGAAAGUCUUUUUUAAAGUUCUGCGCCGACAACAGAAAUUCCCCGGAGCUCCGAAAUUUACUCCUCGUAUUAAACGUGGGGCAUUAGUUCGUAGUAGGGUUUCAGUACAGGCACCAUUCAAAACCAUCGAUAAGAAUACUUGGAACGUUACUUGGUGA